AUGUCAAGUGGCCCUGCCCAUAUGAAGGCCAAGCGACCGCUGAAUAGGAAACUAACGCAAGAUGUGCACAAGAAAGUAGGGGUCUUUAAAGCCAAAGGUUCGGUGGCUCAACCCGCGGCCAGCAUGAAGAGCGGCACAGUUGGAAUGCAUUUCCUUUCUUUCCUGCACACCAAUCCGGACUCGCGAUACUCAAAGUUGAACCUGAAGAGAGUACCGUCUGUGUCACCGAUGCCUCUUUGUACAGGUUCAACAGUCAAACCCGAGCCGGAGUUCUUUGUGAAAGCCCUAGCCUUUUGUCUACAAAGCCUCGAAACAUCCUCCACUGAGACUUUUACCGAUGCUUUGGACAGUAUGGAGGAAUCCUUGGAAGGCACAAUCUCUUCCACCACAGUGAACACGCCUAUUCGACCAAUGAACGAUUGGACCUUUGAAAUGCCACAAUUCUUUAACGGUCCACUCUCCGCUGCCAUUGAUUCAGUUAAACGAGGACCUGGCUGCUCAUGGCCUCCAAUAAUUCUAGUACUUUUCGGAAAGGAACCAGUCUCAAAUCGAAACUUUGUCAGCAGGGUCCUCUGCAGCGGUGUGAGAGGAGUACCCACGAAGGAUCGCCAUGGUGGCGAUGACAUUUCGAUCGACUUAACCUCACACUGUAUUCAGGACAUCGGAAUGGCUCCAACCAGCAUUAACGGCCUUCUUAUUGAACAUGCAAUCAAGAUGGUUCCAUGGAGCUGUGCCACUUCUGAACCUCGACGAAUUUUGGCUGCAGCCUUCCGUGGAACGCGACUGGAACAGUGGCUCCACGAGUGGUGUCCUUACAAUGACUACCCUCGCCUUGUUGCCGUUGGUCGAAAAAAAAGGGGAGAUGUGGUGUGCAGCGCAUUUCGAGGCUCUUUGGAGAGAACUAUUCGAUGGAUGGAGUUAGUGACACAGGCACACUUCCAUGACUAUGAUAAUGCCAAGAAGUAUGGCGUGGAUUGGGAUGUGUCUUCGUCAGAGUCUUUUGGAUCAAGUGAUGAGGAGGUAAAAAAGGGACGACGAAAGUUAUUACUUCAUGUGGAGCAGGAGAUCAAAUUCGAAUGCUUCAAAAAAGAGCCUUCGAGGAUCCUCGAGGAGAGGACAAAAAACGUUAUUAAAAGUUUUAAAUCAACGAGACAAGGUUCACCAGUUCCGUCAUACUCAGCAGGCAUCCCACAGCAGACAUCCAGCGCUUACACAUCGUUCACUGAACAAGUGGAGAACGGCCUUGUCCAUCCCACUGAGAAGAGUUGUGAAACAGUACCUUCUCUUGACAUCUCAUUGCAUCAGCAAGUAGUGGAUGGAAUACAUAAAUUUUGGACUACCUUUCGAGACAAAUUUAUAUCGGGCUUACCCAUCCUUCCACCACUCUUGCUGACAAGGUUUUCCACUGCUCUGAUACGUUGCUUAGACCCAAAUUUAGAAAAGCAGGUGAAGCCUCUGCUCGUUUACCUACACGAUGGUGAAGCCACUCCCACAGCUCACUUCGUGGCAAAUGUGUUGUGUUCUCAACGCUUCACUCACACGCUCUACAAACGCGGAGUUGGCAUAUGGCCAGUGGACUUAACUGGAGUUGCUUCUUCAUCCAACCAGCAUUCCCACCAAGAGGGUGCAGAAGAUGAUCGAAAACCGUCAAAGGAGACUGCUUUGGAGGACAUUCCACAACAAGCACAUGCUCUGCUGCACCUCUUUCGAGAUCAUCCAGCAAAGUGGGAUAUUUCCGGAAUCCUCUCGGUUAGUCUAAAAACGGCUCAUCAUUGUCCAAUCCUUAGGAUAAAUAGUGGUCCACUCAGUGUGGAAUGA